GUGGCGAAGUACGGUGGCCAUGUGCCGAACUACCGUGCGCGAGGGGAGCAUCACUACCGGGUCCCUUUCAAGGACAAGUCCCACCUGGUUGGUGUCCGGCCUCAUCCUGAAUGGACGAAGGUGCCGGAGCAUCGCACCCUCACCGAGCUUAAGGCCAAGAGACGUGCAGACCGGCUACCGGACGCGACCUUUGACAUCGAUGGAGAUGGCGUAGUUGGCCCGACCGACUAUUUCGUCGCCAAGACCUUUGCCAAGGAUCAAGCCAACCGCCUCGACACAGCGGAGAGAGGCAAAGUGGUCGAGGCGUUGGAAGAUGGCUUCCUGGAUCGAUACUCUUGGGGCUACGACGAGGCUGGCGCAGCGCGCAAAAAUGUCGUCAAGCAGCUCCGGGGCCGCAUCUUCAAUGGCGAUAAUGGGCAUGAGCUGAGCCAUGUCUAUCCACCCCACUGGAAUGCAGAGAAGGUUCCGAACUAUUGGACGGCCAACGACAUGAAGAUUGACCGCAAGCAGCAACUUCUGACCGAAGCGACAGCCCUGAAAGAGGACCACGAUGCAAAGCAUCCGUGGCACAUCCCGGAACCACCAGUGCGGCAGGAGGGCCUCGUGGACGAGCCACCGUUCACCAGCCGACGGCAGAAGGCUGCGCAGCUCCACAAGGAGGCGCGCUUGUAUGGCGGACUGGAUGCCGAGGUUUCGGCGCCCAACGCGGCGCGGGCCGACAUUGCACCGGGGCUGAGCUAUGUGGAAAAUCCGGUGGCCAAAACUCGCCCGGAGCUGAAGGCGCAGCGCCGGGAGCAAAUGGUGGAGGCUCUCGAGGCAGCUCGGGAAGAAGGUCUUAACAACUACGUGCCUCCGCAGGUACGCCACGUGCGCAUGGAACAUCAGGACUACGAGGCCCGGCGCCCGAAUCCAGAUGCGAAAACGAGGACAAAGCUCCUCGACGAGAGGAAGCGGUCGAACAUGGAGUAUAAUAUGCAGCACUUUCCGCAUCGGUACAAGGAGGUGCCGAUGUUCUCGGAGCAGGAUGCCCACUGGUGGACACAGCGCGCCAGCUUCGUUGCUGAGCCGACACCAGCAAAGGAGCCGAAAGCAGUGUCUAGCAAGGUCACGGAAGUGAUGCCAAAGCCAAGCCAGGUGCCAGAAGCCCAGGACUUGGAAGCGGACGGCAUCGGUGGAAUGCGAGGGCGUCUUGAGAGGACACCCCGCUGGACUACCCACUUCUUGCCCAAAGGACUGCUUCAGAAAGUUCCGCGCCACUUCGACAAGCUGUUCCAAAACGGUGAUGCCUUUGCCGAUGGUGUGAAGCAGGCUCCCAGUUUGAGCACCGACACAGCGCCCAUCGAGUCGUUCUCUUCCUUCCGCAUGGUCCGAGACUCUGUCAGCAACAUGCAGAAUUCUGUCUCUAUGGGCUCUGAGCACAGCAUGCGGAGUGGGGUAUCGAAGACGAUGCGGAUAGUGGGCGAAAUGCCCACCGUCAACGAAACCCAAGCGACCGCCAGUGUUGCCGACAAGGACCUUUUCAGAUCUUCCACAGGCAUCUCUCGCAGCGACAGAAGACCCAGCCAAUCGGCAGACACGCAUUCUGCAAGAGGCCGAACUGCUUCCACUGCCGGCUUCCGCAGGUCAAUGACACGGCGGAUGAGCGGAGAAGGGCAGCAGCGCUUCGAGACGGUUAGCCCCGUUGUGGAGGACCCGCCGAUGACGGCACGUUUAACCAGGAAGGCUCCCGUGGCAGAGGAGCAGGCACUCCAGAUGCAGCCGGUCCCUUCGACAGCAACCAGCGUCCCGCGGCGUCAGAAUAGCGCGAUGUCUCGCCAGGACCAGUUCGUAUCGAGUCGCGGCUCCACGCGACGCUGGGAGACCCCACCUCCACCCAUUCAGACCUUGGCUGUGCGGGCUAGCGGCUUCCAGUGGGUGGAGAAGCAAGCAAGUGCCUCCUCAGCGCCGCCACCCCCUGAACCCCCGAGUCGCGGAGGGUCCAUGCGGGCCUCUGUCUUGGAGCCACCGAAAGCCGCGGAGUAG